UUCGGACGUGUGCAUUCGUGUAAUAUACCGACGAAUACGUGCCGAGUGGUAUCUGAGCCCUAUACGUUAUUAUAACCGGGUCAAAUGGACAAAAUUCACCAACGGUUUGGUUUACACUCCAUCAUGCCAUAAUCUUCUAGGAAAUAUUGAUUUGAUUUUUUGUAACACCUUUAUUGUUUAUUCACUUUUUAAUAUUAUAACAAACCAGGAGGUUUCAAGAUGAAUGCCGGUAAAUUAUUGAUAUUAUUGAUUUUUAUUAUGGUACUUGUGUGGUACACUGCCAUUUGGACAAUAGUCAUCAAAAGAGUCAAAGCAGACACCGAGCUUUCUGACUUAACCAUGGAAACAGUUCAAAAUGGAGGCGAUUGUUUGCGAAAAUCUCAGGCAGACGACAGGCUUUUAGUGCACUACGUCAUCAAAAUCCACGGAACUGACAACGUUAUUGAGUCAAGGACAAAUGAAGAUUCGCCGUAUAUCGUGCACCUUGGCCAGUUCGUCGACAUCCCGACCCUGGAGCGAGGCUUGUUUGAUAUGUGUGAACAGGAGUCAAGGUCAAUGGUUGUACCUCCGUUGCUAGGAUACGGCGUUAAAGAUAGCCAGACUAAACAGGGGAAUUUGGUACCCGGUAAUUCUACACUACAAUAUGACGUCACACUGGUCAAGAUAUUUUCGAAAGAAGAAAGUAAAACCAAUAAGGACACAAUAAACGAGGUAAAACCUACAGAGGGACAAGAAGGAACGGAAAGAGGGGUGGAGUCUGCAGGUGCCAGUGAAACAGCGGACCAAACAACGGACCCCACGGAAGACACAACACCGAGCGAGGAGGAUGCCGUCAAGGCGAAAGACAAAAAAAUUGUUGAAAAUAUCAUGGAAGAUGCUAUGAAUGCGGUCUUCCCAGACCAGAAAGAUUCUGGAGGGCUGGCUGGCAUGAUAGGAGGAAUGCUGGGAGGCGGCGGGGGCGGCGGGGGUAUGGCAGGGCUGGUGGGUCAGCUCGCAGGGGCAAUGGGUAAGGGAGGGGCAGACGGUGGGGGCGAGGGUAUGGCUGGGCUGAUGGGUCAGCUCGCAGGAGCAAUGGGUAAGGGAGGGACAGACGGUGGGGGCGAGGGUAUGGCUGGGUUGGUUAGCAAAUUAGCAGGGGCAAUGGGCGGGGAAGGAACAGGAGCAGAGGGAAUGGAAGGAUUAAUGGGCCAGCUCGCUGGAGCUAUUGGUAAAGGAGGGGAAGGGGGCAUGGAGGGUUUAAUGGGUAAGCUCAGUGGUCUGAUGGGGGGAGGAGAUGGGGGUAAGGGUGGCAUGGAAGGCUUAAUGGGCCUAAUGGGACAACUAGGGGGUGAAAACGGCUUACCGCUAGGAAAAAUCAACGACGCUAUCUCUAACAUGAUGAAAAAACAAAAAGAAAGACGAAAUAGAAGGAAAACAGAGCUGUGAAAAUAAAGCAUAUUAAUAAAAUUUAAGAUAUCAGUUAAAUGAUAAAUAUUUUGAUGCCAAGCUUCCACAAAGAAAUACCGUUUUUAUACGAAUGAUAAAUUAUAUACUUCUAAAUGGUACUGACCAACUUCAACAAUUUGAAAAUAAAAAUAUACUAUUGUAACUGUUGUUUCAUUUCGGUGUUAUGUAUCUUAUUUGUGUGACGGCUGGAAUUUCACAUUUAUUAUUUAUUAGAUAGCUUUUAUUACGUGCACUCUAAAUAUCGGGAACCGACUUUAAGGUACUUAUGAGGGAGAACUUCCAUAUGCGUUUCACUUAUAUGUCGGUCUUUAUGUUAAUAUAUUUUCGCGUUAAAGUUCAAUUAGGGAUUGAUGCUAAAGGCUAAAUUACGCAAAGAUAUACAGAUAAUUCCCAUUAUUAGUAAUAUCAAAUAAACAUAAACUUUACCGAAUUUAUAACAAUUAUGAAACAAG